AUGAAGCCCUCGGCGCCCUCCUUCUGCGAGCCCCAACAGCACAAAGAAGUCCGCUUCGAGCAGCCUCUGGUGCGGGUGCGCCGCGCUCGAUCUGUCGCUUCGAGCAAUCCCCUCUUGGACCCGGUACACCGCAGCUCGCGCGCGGCCAAAAAGUCGUCGGACGAAUAUGGCGCCUACCUCGAACAGUCGAGAUCGAUUCUCGAGAACCAGCGCCUUAACUUUGAGCGCGAGCGACUCGUCUUUGCCCAAGAACGGAAGCUAUGGGAGAUCGAACGGACAAUGUUAAAGUCGAGGAUCGUCGAGUUGGAGUCGGCCGGCAGCGGUGCUUUUCAAACCUCGUUUCGCAAUCCGGAUUUUGGCUUGAAAGGAGAUUCUAUGAGUCACACCCAACAACAUCCUGUGUGGGAGGGCCCUAUUCCAGGUUCGAGGCGGCCGACUCGAGUGUUCCCUGAAGAGACCGGCAAACCCGACCUGUACAUCCCCCCUACUGAAGCAAAUGGAUUCGGUUUCCGCUCGUCGCUAGAUGCCGCUUUGUCGCCGCUAUUGUUCCGGCCAGCUGAUGAGACCAGCGUGCCCGUGCCGAUCGAGAAAGUCGACAGCCAGCUGGACGGCAUCACGCUCAAGUCGACUGCUCUGCCCCCGGAUGUCGUGGCCAAGGUCAUGACUCCUCCGACAUCGAUCUCUCCGACAUCAUCCCCGCCGAAGACUGAGACUGAGUCGUCGAAACAAGCAGCCGACGGCAAAUCGCCGCUGCGCCUGGAGCUCUCUAGUCUGGGCCCGCCUGCUGAGAACCUGACCCGCAACGCAGGACACACACCCAUGGCAAUUCUCGGCACUGAGACAGAGAUCAGUACGCGGACGCCAUCCGAGAUGGGAGACGACGAGGUUACCCUAGCGCCCGUAGUUACCAAACAGCCGAUAGAGAAUUCCGAGUCUUACUUCCCGCCGCCCGACGAUGAUCCUGCCCUGACGGGUCCCCUUUCUCUGCGAAAUGAAGCAGAGUCAGACAACAGCUUCUUUUCUUUACUCGAUAAAAAGCUAUUGGACGAGGCUAAAAAGGCCGUCUCAGGCCCUUCAGACGCAGACGCAGACGAUGCAGAUGAAAGCAAGGGAGGAGAGGAGCCCGAUCCAGAGCUUAAGCUCAAAGCUUCGACCAAUUUUGGCACCGUGUUUGGCCAAGUCGAAUAA